AUGUCUAAUCCGGAAAACAGUGGAUUCCAUGGAUACGCGGAAGCUUCAACGCAGGAUGUGCUGAGGCAAAUGGCGGAACAAAACACCCGUCUGCUGCUGUUACUGGAGAGACUAACAACAUCAAAUGCAACUCCAACGGCCAAUCAGUGUAGAAGUCCGGACCAGAUAAUCGAAUCGCUGUCAUCGGUUAUUCGGGAAUUUCACUACGACCCGGAAGCAGGCAUCACGUUCGAACGUUGGUUCAACAAGUAUGAAGAUCUUUUCAGAGCGGAUGGCAAGGAUCUGGAUGACGCUGCCAAAAUACGCCUUCUAAUGCGAAGCUUGAGCGUCCCGGUUCACGAAAAGUUCACAAACUAUCUCUUGCCACGUCAUCCACGCGAUUUUUCAUUCGGGCAAGUAAUCGAAAAACUAAAAACGAUAUUCAGCGAAAAAAGGUCGCUUUUCAGUAAACGCUACGAUUGCCUCCACCUAAUUAAAAACGAUUCCGAUGACUUCGUCACAUACGCGGGUAACGUAAAUCGUUUUUGUGAAGAUUUUGAUUUGGCAAAUCUUACAAUCGACCAAUUCAAAGCACUAAUUUUUGUCUGCGGUAUGCAGUCGUCACAGGAAGCAGAAGUAAGAACGCGGCUUCUGGCGAAGCUCGAAUCGGACACCAGUCGAGAAAUCAACCUGGAAGCACUGGUAACAGAGUGCCACCGCAUAUCAUCUCUCAAGCACGAUAUUGAGCUGGUUGAGAAGCAAGCAUCCCCGUCAGUGCACGCUGUCCAAAAAGCCAAAAUUACGCAACGACAUUCAAAAUCGUCUUUCCAAGCAGAAUCAGCAGUUCCACGAUCACCUUGUUGGCAGUGUGGGGCAAUGCAUUUUGUCAAAGAUUGCUCCUACAAAAACCACACGUGUCAACAAUGCAACCGCCAAGGCCACAAAGAAGGUUACUGUAAUUGCUUCCGAACAACAGCAGACCCUUCUGGAUCAACACGCAGAAAAGACAAACAGCCAACGCAAUCCAGAUUCAUCCAUAGUGUGAACCACAUCGGCAACCGGCGGAAAUACGUGAAGGUGACUGUGAACCACACUAUUCUCAAACUCCAGAUCGACAGUGGUUCCGAUAUUACUGUCAUUUCUGAACAGUCCUGGAGGAAAUGCGGUUCACCGACGCUCCAACCAACCCAUCAUCAUGCAGGUACAGCUUCCGGCGACCCUCUUCCACUGAUUGGCGAAUUUGGAUGUGCGCUGGCCAUCGAUGGUGAAGAAAAAUUUGGAACCUGCUACGUUACAUCAGUCAAGAACUUAAAUCUUCUGGGAUUGGACUACAUGGACGCUUUCGAUUUGUGGGACAAGCCACUUUCCAACGUUUGCAAUCAGGUAAAUUGUUCCAAUUCAAUUCCUUCAACCAACCGGUACCUCACCCGUUUUCCCGAAGUUUUCAGAGACGGCCUCGGACUUUGUGUGAAAACCAAGCGACCGGUACCCUUCAAUGCUGUGCAAAGAGUUGACGAGGAGUUAGAUCGCCUACAACAGCUGAACAUCAUAACACCAGUAGAUUAUGCCGACUGGGCGGCGCCAAUCGUUUCCGUUCGGAAACCCGGUGGGAAGAUUCGUGUCUGCGCCGAUUAUUCUACGGGACUCAAUGCAAUGUUAGAGCCACAUCAUUAUCCCCUUCCAACACCAGACGACAUUUUGGCAAAACUUUCCGGAAACAAGUUUUCCAGUAUUAUUUAUCUGUCUGAUGCUUACCUGCAAGUCGAGGUUGACGAAGAAUCCAAAAAACUGUUGACCAUCAACACUCAUCGAGGGCUUUUCCAGUUCAACCGGUUGGCACCAGGAGUCAAAUCAGCACCCGGAGCAUUUCAACAAUUGAUGUCCAAAAUGAUUGCCGGUUUGGAAGGCGUAGAUAACUUUCUCGACGAUUUCAUCGUGUACAGCAAAACGUUGAUCGAUCAUAUUAAACGCUUGGAUUUAUUGUUCUCCCGAAUUCAAGAGUAUGGGUUCCGGCUACGUCCAGAAAAAUGCAGUUUCCACAAACCCGAAAUCAAGUAUUUAGGGUUUAUUGUUAAUGCCAACGGUAUCAAGCCUGAUCCGGAAAAAGUAGCUGCGAUAGCGAACAUGCCUGAGCCAACAGAUUUAACUACCCGAAUAGAACAGAACCAUGGUAUCACAUUCAUAAUCCAAUGA